CUCCAAGGGGCCCUCCAAACUCGCCCUUGCCACGCGGCCAUAUGCCCGGGGCUUUAUUUCCUUCUUGUAGGUUAAGUAGAAGAUGAAAGGUAGCUUCAUAAAUAAUUAUAACUAAACGUGGCCAUAAAUAAAAUUAUUGCAGCCUAAUAAAAAUUAUAUGAAAGAGAGGAAUUAAAAACCAGGACUUGUGAUUGAGCAAUGUUUGACUAUUGAUAGUAACUCCACUCCCCAUAGCUCCAAAGAGGGAAAACCUGAAACUGAAAGCCGGGGAGGGCGAAGAAGAAAAUGGAUUGGACAAGCAAAGUGCUGAGCGCCGCAACCAGAGCCGGCAACAACAACACUGUGAUCAACGUAUUGUUGGUAGGCUCGUUCGUGGCGCUCAGCGUCAGAUCGGUGAAGCAGCAGAAGGACAUUGAGACCCUUGAGGCCGAGAAGGACUCCCUCACCAAAGCCAACAAGGCUUCGAAGAAGGCCAUGUGGGAUUGGAAGCAGCAGCUCUUCGCCGAAGCCCAAGCUGCCUCUGACUCUGCCGUCGUUCCCCUCUCACGCCUCAAAUCCAUCUACGGCGAAGCCGCCUCCUCUCUACCCACUGGGGACUACGAGAAAGAUGCUGUAAAGCCAACUCAAUCUAAAUUUGUGGUCUGAAGCUGUAUUUGCAAAUUCUCAAGGAUCCUGAUAAUAUAUGAGAUUGGAAUGUGGGUGAUUGAAACUUUUCUUGAAGGAUCCCUGUGAAGCCUGCCUCAAUAUAUCAUUUUUUAUGUCAAGUGGUUAGUGGAUCAGAAGACCAAUAGGAACAUGAGAGGUGCUCUUGGAACCAUCAUUUUAGAUGGAUUCAAUGAAACUUUCUCGAUUGUCCAAGUAAGUUCAAAUUUUGUUUUCUUUGAUCAGUUUAUAGUUUGGGUGUGUGAGCAUAAGAUUUCAAACAAAUGUAGCCUGAAUAAAGCCCUUUACUUUUAUUGGAACCUACCCAAGGAUGAAGAUGGCUUAAAAUAGCUUGAUAUUGAUUUCAUAUUAUUUGGAUAA